AAUUCUUCCGUAUGCCGACCUUUUCAAAAUUUCGUAUGCUAAAAACUCUGAUCUCUCCGUGUCUUUUUUUCCUUUCGAUAAAUCAUGGCCUAGAGGUUUCACUAUCCCUCCAUGGAUGACCACUUUAGCCGUGUUUCCCAAUGAAGCCUGCUUCCACCAGCGUCACUAUCGACUCUGCGGACGUAAGCCAGGGGGCUGCGUCGGUGUGGCCGGAAUCCACCAUCCUCCGGCGUCUUCCUGUUCCACUGAUCUUUUUGAUAGUGGUUGGCCUCUCGGUUACCUUUAUCUACCAUGCAGCUGGUCCGAUGCCGCUGUUAAAGCAGUGGAAUCGGAUCUCUCCUUUCGCCAACCUCUCCGGUGGUGACAUCGAUAUUGAUAAGGAGGACGUGAGGUUGGCUCAGGUUCUUAAGGCUUCUGCGAUGAAAGAUAAUACCGUGAUCUUAACUACUUUGAAUGCUGCAUGGGCGUCUACAGGCACUAUCAUUGAUCUAUUCCUUGAGAGUUUCCACACUCUUUCACUACUUGAUCACUUAGUGAUUAUUGCUUUUGACAAGAAGGCAUAUCUCCGGUGCAGGACCAUACAUUCUCAUUGCUUUGCUCUAGCAACGGCCGGAGUUGAUUUUUCAGUCCAAGAAAACUUUAUGAGUGAUGGCUACUUGAAGAUGAUGUGGAGACGGAUUGAUUUCUUGAGAACAGUACUUGAAAUGGGAUACAAUUUCAUCUUCACGGAUGCGGAUAUCAUGUGGUUCCGAAAUCCACUCCCACGGUUCUUUCCGGAUGGAGACUUUCAGAUAGCUUGUGAUCAAUUUAAUGGCAAUUCUUUUGAUCGAAAUAACAGACCAAAUGGUGGAUUUAAUUUUGUAAAAUCCAGCGAUCGGACGAUUAAAUUUUACAAAUUUUGGUACUCAUCUAGAGAAAAACACCCAGGAUUUCAUGACCAGGAUGUACUUAACAUGAUCAAAUACGAUCCAUUUAUUGAUAAAGUAGGAUUGAAAAUGAGAUUUUUGAGCACUGCCUAUUUUGGCGGAAUUUGUCAACCCAGCAGAGAUUUUAAUGAAGUCUGUACGAUGCAUGCAAAUUGCUGUAUUGGACUGAAUAGGAAGAUCGAUGACUUGAAGGUCAUGCUUGAGGAUUGGAAAAGCUACAUGGCUCUUCCAACAGCUUUAAAAACAUCAAAAAUGCCGGUCUGGAGGGUACCACAGAAUUGUAGCUUUGAUCCACUUAAUUAGUAGAUUGUACCAGUAGAUUGUAGCUUGAAGAGCAUGAUUUGGCAUCUUACAGAUUUAUUGCAAAUAUUAUCAGGGUUUGGCUGCUAAAGCUUCAGUUCUACAGAUUCUUGCUCCUUCCAAGCUUUAGCCAAUAUGUCACUACGGCCAUUGGUAAAAACUAUUUUGCUUUCGUCAGUCAGUUUUGGAAAUGUGUUUAGUUUUAUUUGUAGAUGCCUAAAUCCAACAUUUUGAU